AUGAAAGCGGCAAGAAAGCGUCGUCUACGCCCCAAGGAGAUCCUGGGAAUAUUCUCUUUCUCUCUUUUCUUCUACUUCUUUAUUUGGCCCGUAUUCAAAUACAAACAAAAUGUCGAGUUGGAAUACGGUACGUACAGUAACCUAUUUGGCAAAACAACUAUAUAUUUGGAUUUUAGGCCAACGUCUGAUUACAUAUUUAAAUUCAACUCGAAAUUACACAUAUUCGAAGACACAAGCUUGUCGAUUUCCAAUAAUCGACCCAUUUGAUCCCACCAUCUUAUCUUAUGUUAGACAUCCAGCCGAACUCAAAUGCCAAAGAGUGCAGCCAAGUUUUGUCACGGUGAGGUUAAAUCGGCUCUAUUUGGAUGAAGGUUUGGCCAGACAACAUAAUCUAAGAGACCUAAAAUACGCCCUCUUUCGACGACAGAAUGGCUCCGAUUACAAUGUAAUCUAUGACCCUUACCGCGAAUUUAAAGGCUCAAUUUCGAUGAAUGUAAGUUAUAAUUUUUUGCUAUUGUUUUGAAGACUUCAACUUGGAAUUUUAGGGAGCCAAUGGAUGUGUUUUUCGUGGAUCUUAUGGCGAAAACAAGGCUUAUAUUGAUAUUUUUGCCUCAGUAAAUCCAAUCUUCCCUAAAGCACCGAAGAAUGACGGGAAAUAUCGACCGAAUGUGAUGAUCAUAGGAAUCGACUCAGUGAGUCGAAGCAAUGUCAUCAGAAAUCUGCCAAAAACUUAUGGGUAAGAUCAGCUUUUUGUGAGCUUAUACAUGACCAAAGUACUAUCGAAAUAUCUCAAAGAUAUGUUCAUUGAAUGAGCUGCUAUUCUAGCUAUUUGACAAGCAAGAUUGGUGGAUUUGAUUUCCGAGGGUACGCCAAGAUUGAUGACAAUACAUCGCCAAACAUGAUCGCCUUAACAACUGGUCGGAGGGUUACUGUGAAAGCCUCGGAACUCCCGUUAGACCCACAAAAGGAGUUCGUUGACUCUUGGCCUUUCAUUUGGAAGAACUUCUCUCAGAAUGGCUAUAAUACUUUGCUGGCCGAGGAACAGCCAGGGGUCUGGUCGUACAAAGCGAUGGGGUUCAAGUAUCAGCCCACUGAUGUGUAUUUCCGGCCAUUUGGGCACAUCCUAAAUGACAAUCCGAUAUACAGAACGAUGUCUCCCUUCUGUUAUCUAAAUAUGCCAGAGACAGAACACGUCUUGGCGUCUAUUGAGAGGUAAGAUUUCAAAAUCUGCCAUGGAUAAUAUAAAAAAUUUAAAUUAAAUUUUUUUUUAUAGCUCUUCGUAAAGCUAUAGCAAGAUCGUAUUUUACUUUUUAAAGGUUUAUAGAGGCCCAAACAUCGCAAUCUAUCCCUUAUUUCCUCUUCUCCUUUCUCUGGAAACUCUCUCAUGAUGACAUAAAUAUGAUCGAAAGACUCGACAAUCUCCUCUACACCUGGCUUCAGCGAAUCCACAUGAAAGAACUGCUCAGAGAGACUGUUAUCAUCUUCAUGUCGGAUCAUGGGAACCGAUUUGACGACAUCAGGCAAGAAAAUUAUCUUACAGUACCAAUCAUGUUUAAUAUAAUUUCAGAUCAACUCUGAUCGGCAGAUACGAAGAGCGAAUGCCUUUUCUGUUCGCUCGCCCUCCCGAAAGCCUAUUCAAAAGAUACCCUGAGGCGAAAGAAAAUCUGAAGAAUAAUCUGUGGCGUUUUACCAACCAAUACGAUGUCUAUGAGACUUUGGUGGACAUAGUUACUCACAAAAUUGAUGUGAAACGAACAGACACGUUCAAAAACAGAGGACACAGUCUCUUUCACGAGAUACCUGAAGAUCGGUGGGUACCCUCAGCCUUUGAGGGUAUAAUUUUGAAAUUAUACUAGAUAUCUGAUGAUGACUUUUCAGAACCUGCAAAGAUGCUGAUAUCGAUGAGCAUUUCUGCGUAUGUCAAGAGGAGACACCUCUAGACGUAGCUGAUAAAAUGGCAAAAGCAGCAGCUGAAGAAGUUAUCCACGAAAUCAAUAUGGAAUUAACACCAGUCAAUAAACUUUGUCAACCCGUCAAGUUGGAGAAGAUUGUAGAUGCUAGACUUCUGAAAGCCAAUGAUAAGGUAAAAGGACUAAAGAUUACAUUAUGAUAUCUACGAGAAACCUAGAGAUAUUAAUUACAAAUUUAUGAUGACAUCACUUUAGGUCAAAAACAAUAAUCGCUGGCAUUGGAAUAAAUUCAUUGGAGAUACCAAUAUCAAAUCAGUGAUCUCAUUUAUCCGUCUAACCCUCAAGGCUCAACCCAACAACGCCAUGUUUGAGGCCUCAGUUCAAGUCACACAAUCAGAUGGACAGACCAAAUUUAGUGUAAAUUUGGAUCAAAUCAGCAGGAUAAAUUCGUACGGACAGGCGGCAAAGUGUGUGUCAGAUGGAUUCAGGAAACUGGAGAAGAUUUGCACAUGCUCAGAGAGCAGUAUAUAA